AUGGGUGAAGAUAGUACAAUGGGUGAAGAUAGUACAAUGGGUGAAGAUAGUACAAUGGGUGAAGAUAGUACAAUGGGUGAAGAUAGUAUAAGGGGUGAAGAUAGUACAAUGGGUGAAGAUAGUACAAUGGGUGAAGAUAGUACAAUGGGUGAAGAUAGUACAAUGGGUGAAGAUAGUACAAUGGGUGAAGAUAGUACAAUGGGUGAAGAUAGUACAAUGGGUGAAUAUAGUACAAUGGGUGAAGAUAGUAUAAGGGGUGAAGAUAGUACAAUGGGUGAAGAUAGUACAAUGGGUGAAGAUAGUACAAUGGGUGAAGAUAGUACAAUGGGUGAAGAUAGUACAAUGGGUGAAGAUAGUACAAUGGGUGAAGAUAGUACAAUGGGUGAAGAUAGUAUAAGGGGUGAAGAUAGUACAAUGGGUGAAGAUAGUACAAUGGGUGAAGAUAGUACAAUGGUGAAGAUAGUACAAUGGGUGAAGAUAGUACAAUGGGUGAAGAUAGUACAAUGGGUGAAGAUAGUACAAUGGGUGAAGAUAGUAUAA